GGCUUAGAUAAGCAAAAUUUAAUAUUUUGAAGAACAUUAUAAACAUAUUAAAUUUAUUAAAAAAACAAUGUCCGAUUCUCCUGUUGCAAUUGUUACUGGAGGAGCACAGGGCAUUGGAGCCGCUGUUUGUAUAGAGCUAUUGAAAAAUGGAUAUCGAGUGUGUAUAGCUGACAUUCAAGAAUCGAAAGCAGAAGAAUUUGCUAAAGAACAACAACAAAUUUAUGGAAAAGAAAAUGUCAUCGCUGUAGGUUGUGAUGUAUCAAAAAAAUCUGACUACACGGAUCUCUUUGAAAAGACCAUUGAAAAUUUUAAAAGGGUAGAUCUUCUGGUAAAUAAUGCUGGAAUUGUAGAGGAGCAAAGUCCACGCAAAUGUCUGGAAAUAAACUUGUUGGGACCCACCAUUGGAUGCCAUGCAGCACUAAAAUAUAUGGGUAAAAGUAAAGGGGGAAAUGGAGGCGUAGUUAUCAAUACAUCUUCUGCAGCAGGUCUCGUGCCUGCUGCUGGAGCACCUGCUUACGCCGCCUCCAAGCAUGGCAUAAUAGGUUUGACACGCAGCUUUGGGCAUUCUUCCCACUAUGAUAAAGACGGAAUUAUUUUUGCUGCUGUCUGCCCUGCUCUAGUUGAUACAGAAAUUGUAAAGAAAGGAAGAAAGAACCGCCUUAAUAUGGAACGUGAAAGUACAUCGCGAAUCAAAUUUGUGAGCAUUGAAUCUGUGGCAAAAGCAUAUCUGAAAGUACUGGAAGACAAAAUCAAUGGAUCUAUUUUACUUGUAGUUCCUAAUGGAUAUCAUUAUCAAAAUCUUGAUGAAAAACUGAUGACGCUGAUUUCGGGUGAUGAAUAAUCCUGAAAGGAUAGUUUCAACGAAUAGAUGAUGAAAGAAACGUGGGUGAAAGAAGUUUUAUGUUUAAAAUUCAAUAAAAAAAAUUAAACUCA